UAUCAUAAGACCAUUGUUUACUUCCCACCGGGCACCGAUUCUCCUCAAGUCCUCUCCAAUUUUCAUAUUCCCGAAUCAUUGUCCCGUAAUAUCAUAUCCGCCUUUGUCAGAGGUGUGUCUUUCGAAUUAGGAAUUCGUUUUUAUCUUGCAUAACGUCCCCCCUCAUUGUGUUUGAUUUCGAGUGAUAUAAAGAGUCGUGUAUGCACAAUGCAUUCACAAUCACAACCAAGUUAAGUGUUUCCCUUCUACCUGCGGGGAUCUAAACCUCAAAUCGAGUUCUCGACAAUUACCACUGUCCUUGAGCUGAAUAAUUUGUGCUUGUUAACAGCUCAUUAUCUCUCAGUUCCAUGAAUGGGCAAAGUUACUGGCUAACUUCCUGUUAUCUCAUUAAAGUAUAGACAUUUUACGACCCAGUGAAACUUUUUGCUCAUCAAUUCUGAAGCUUUUAUUAAUAAUUCUUUACUACAGUAUUCCGCCAGAAUGGUGCUCCGUGUCAAUCACAUUUUUAAACAUUUGAACUCUCAAACCAUCACGCAGAUUGCUUUGCCAUCCCUCGUCACGAGUGAGCCCCUGCCACUGAGAAAUGGGAAACGUUACUUCUCCUGUGGAGCGGCCAUGAGGAAACGAUAUGUCCAAUUCGCAAAGCACAAAGGCGGGCGCAUGAAAUUGGGUGUUCAGCUGGGCGAUACCGACUCUGACAUCAUUGAAAUCAGCUCUCUGGAUGCCGGAACCCCGAACACUCUCCUUGAUUUUCUCAACCUGACAUCGGACAGGCGCAAAGUGGUCAAUCGGGUGGUAGCCGAGGCCAAGUCUGUUGUCAAUCCUAAGAACGUGUAUUUUUACCCUCCGAUUACAAAUCCAGAUAAAGUUAUUUGCGUCGGUCUCAAUUACAAAGGUCACUGCGACGAACAGAACAAACCGUAUCCUCAGGAGCCCUUUUUCUUCUCAAAGUUCCCGAGCACAAUUGUAGGACCUAAUGAUGAAGUGAUUCAUCCUCCAAAUUCGAAAGCCUUAGACUGGGAGGUGGAACUUGCUGUAAUCAUUGGUAAAACUGCAAGAUGUGUUUUGAAAAAUGAUGCGAUGGACUACGUUUUUGGAUUCACAGUAGCUCAAGAUAUUUCAGCGAGAGAUUGGCAGAAACAUAAAAAUAACGGUCAAUGGUUGAUCGCCAAAAGCAUGGAUACAUUUUGCCCUUUGGGACCAGGUAUCGUGACCAAGGAAAGUCUACGAGAUGUCUACAAUUUACAGUUGAAAUGUGCAAUUAAUGGCGUGGAAAAACAGAACGGAUUCACCAAUGAUUUUGUACACAACAUCGAUGAUGUUGUAGCCUUCUUAUCACAUUGUUUCACUCUCCUUCCUGGUGACGUUAUCCUAACUGGCACGCCCUCGGGUGUUGGUGUGUUUCGAAACCCUAGAGAAUUCCUACAGCCUGGAGAUGUACUAGAGAGUGAAAUUUCUGAAAUAGGUAAACUAAGCAAUAAAAUCGUGGCGUUCAGUAAGAACUGAUUUAAGUUGAUACCUAUGUAAAAAAGAAUCAAAUGUACUUAUGUUAAAAUAGAAAUUUGCUACCUGAUUAACAUUGUAAGUGUUUUUAUAAAGUAUAGUGUAUCAAUAAAUUUAAUUUCAAUAAAGAUUUUUUUCACUGAUUUA